AUGGGAAAACGCAGGGCAAGUGCUGGUGCAACCUCACGAGUCAAGUUUGGAUCUCAGAGAAAGCCCGAGCAAUCAACGCCCAAGGCAACGAUGGCUCCAAAGUCGGGUGAAGACUAUGAAAAACCUUCCCAAGUUGAAUCGGGCAGACGGCGUUCCUCUCGUUUGAAUCCCGACCUCCCUGCUGCCAGUCGUGUCUCGGACCAAAGUCCCCAGACCACGACAGAGAAACACGAUCCAGACUGCCAUCAUGCGAACGACGAGGAGAGCUCAGACGAACAGUUUUCCGCGUAUGACUCCGACCCGCCGGGAAUGAUGCCAAGCGUCGUGGCAGCGGGACGGCAGGAAGAAGAGCCAUGCUGUCAUUUGGGGAUCUGGAAUCUCCACAAUGAUUGCGAGAGGGCUUGCAUUCAAUAUGCAGCUGAGCAAUGGGUUUACAAUCACUGCGUGGGAGAGAAGGAGGUCGUCGAACGGACAAUCUUGGCGAGUGAGAAGCAGGCAAUCAUGGAUGGUCUUGAAGGCUGGUGUCUGUACAAAGACUGGGAUGAGCUAGCCAGUGCUCUCCCAGAUAAUAUUCGGGAUCUUAUGCCGGAAUAUCUUGCUCGAGCAUUGAUUUCCAAGGAUAUCAUCGAGACUAUCAUGAAGAACCCAUUUUUCUACAUGGAUUUAGGUGACGAUAGCUCGGGUGAAGCCGAUGAUCUAGCCCCAACGCUGGGAAUAGACCUCUACCAUCUGUGGCAGAAGCUCAUAAAGGUCGACAGACCUCAGGCCCAUCACUGGCGAGAACAAACCGUCCACCUUAUGAACAAGUUGCGGCCAAUCCAGACCAGAGAUAGCUCGGUAGGGGUGCGGAGUUUGAGGCUUCGACGGAGAAUUGCCAGGCAUCUUGCUACCAAGAUGCUGAGCAAGUCUAGUCUGUUAUAUCCCUUGAUCAAGAAGGACGUGGACGACCGAAAGAAGGCUGAGCGGUUUAGAUGGAUGGUGAGAAUAUAUCGUGACGCAGCCAAAAAGUCGGUCAUGUUCUGGGUUGACGAGUGCGGCUAUGAAUUCCAUCACGACAUCCACCAGGUUGGCCUCUCCGACGAAAACAGCCAAUUCUACCAGCUGGAACCGCAAAGCUUCUUCGCUUGUAUGGACAACCCGAAUGGCCGCCGGGCAGUACUGCUUCUGGCGCCGCUUGUCUGGCAGCUGCAAUUUGGGUUCGAGCCCGUGACCCAGGAGAUGUUGGACGAUGAUUGCACGCCCGACCCGGUGGAUGAGGAUGGCCACCCGAAUUCCGUGGUGUGUCGAGGCCAGAUCGUAGUCUCGAAGGAUGUUGAGCCCAAGCAAGCGGAGUAA